AUGAAGAACCUGCAAGAUGAAUCAGAAAAUGAUGAUCAAGGGCAACCAUUGGACAUGAAGCCUUUGCGGUCAUUAGCGCCAAUGUUCCCGACUCCUCUGGGAUAUGAUGUGACAACCCAGUCAACUGAUCCAAUGCUAGUUUUUGUCACGCCAUUCAGGCCGCGCGCCUCGCCAGAACAAUCUGCAGCAUCAUUUGGUCAACCGUUACCAAAGUCACCAAUUCCUCUGAAGGCUACUCCAAUCUCAGCAGCAUUUCCCAUUCCGCGACCUGAAUAUGAAUCAUCGGAUGAAGACUGCAAGCUCUUUUCUGAUCAUAAAAAACCAACAUCAACGUCACGGAAGACAACCAAGAGGACUCAGCAGGUUGGGUACUCCGAUGCAGCUAACAUCAAGCGCAGGUCAACAAAGAGAAGCCUCAACAUAGAGCUCGCCUCCUGUCCAUCCUCGUCAAGUGACCCAAAUGAAUCAGUUGAAGAAAUCAUGAUGAUGUUUGAUUCACUUCGGCGCCGUAUACUGCAACUAGAUGAAAAGGAGGACGCAGGCAGGAGGGCUGACUUGAAAGCUGGUACUCUCAUGAUGCAGAAUGGCCUGAGGAUCAAUAACCUGAAGACCAUAGGACCUGUACCUGGUGUUGAAAUUGGAGACAUUUUCUUCUUCAGGAUUGAAAUGUGCAUUGUAGGUUUACAUGCACCUGCAAUGGCUGGCAUUGAUUACAUUUCCGCUAAGCAUGUUGGAAACAAUGAUACUCUGGCUGUCAGCAUCAUCUCAUCUGGUGGUUAUGAGAAUGAUGACAAUGACAUGGACAUUUUGGUGUACACAGGCCAGGGAGGCAAUAGUCGGCACAAGGAGAAGCAUGACCAGAAGCUUGAAAGAGGUAACCUCGCUCUCAUGAACAGCAUGAAAAGGAAAAACCUGAUCAGGGUUGUGCGCAGUGCACAAGACCCUUUCUUUAGCUCGGGCAAAAUUUACAUCUAUGAUGGACUUUAUCGGGUCGAAGAUUCCUGGAUGGACAAAGCAAAGAAUGGCUUUAGUGUGUUCAAGUACAAGCUGAGAAGAGAGCUAGGACAGCCUGAUGGAAUUGCAGUUUGGAAGAUGACUGAGAAGUGGAAAGCAAAUCCUGCGACAAGAGACAAGGCUAUACUACUGGAUUUAUCAUCAAAAGUGGAGAACAUACCUGUAUGCCUUGUUAAUGAUGUUGAUGAUGAGAAAGGGCCAAGCUACUUCAACUAUGUAACUGGAGUGGAGUAUUUGAGGCCAGUUAGCAAGACAAAACCAUUACAGAGCUGCAAGUGUCCUAGUGUGUGCUUGCCUGGUGAUCCUAAUUGUUCAUGUUCACAACUGAACGGUGGUGAUCUUCCUUACACCUCCUCUGGAUUGCUUGUGAAGCAUAUUCCAAUGCUUUAUGAGUGCUCUUCCAGAUGCCAGUGUUCUCAAAAUUGUCGAAACAGGAUCACACAGAAGGGUGUUUAUCUGAACUUUGAGGUCUUUUGGACUGGCGAUUGUGGAUGGGGUGUCAGGUCUUGGGAUCCCAUUCGUGCUGGUACAUUCAUCUGUGAGUAUGCUGGUAAAGUCAUUGAUGAAACAAAUCUGAACAUGGAUGGCGAGGAAGAUGAAUAUACCUUUUGCGCAUCAUGGCCUAUUGAUAAGGUUUUAAGAUGGAACCUGGGAGCAGAAUUGCUUGAAGACGCAAGUGCUAAUGUCACAACUGAGAGACUAAAAAGAUUACCUAUUGUCAUAAGUGCAAAAAGUUCAGGCAAUGUGGCUCGCUUUCUGAACCAUAGCUGUUCUCCAAAUCUCAUUUGGCAGCCUGUACAGUACGACCAUGGCGACAACAGUUACCCACAUAUCAUGUUUUUUGCAAUGAAACAUAUUCCUCCCAUGACUGAAUUGACCUACGAUUACGGAACAAGAGGAGCUCCUCCUGGAAUUAAGGGAAAGUUUCCAAAUGCUCCCAAACUCAAGCCGUGCCUCUGUGGCUCUACCAAUUGCCGAGGUUCUUUCUGAUAAAACUGAAAGACAUGCUGGGAAUGCACGAACUAAUGUACUAAAGCAGGUUGCACUGUUCCUUUGCACUGCUGCUGGCAACGGGGGAUUGGUAGUAGGUUGAAAUGCGCCAGGAGUCAGUGAGGCGCUUAGCUUUUGUGGCAGUGGGUAUUUUGUGUAAUGCAUGUCUGGAAUGCUCUAGUUUAGGAAAAUUGUGUUGCC